ACUUCGCUUUGAUGUCUCUUAGCAAUGUCGUCUCGCUCUUUUCUGGCAACCGCCAGCUGUUACGUCCCGCCGAUUUCUCGGUCGAAACUCCAUGAAAUCGGCGCGAAUCGACGCCUCGCACUUCAGAGAAAGGGCGGGAAACGUUGUAUCUAUUGUUUCUGUAGUUUUGACGGUGAAAUCUUGAAAAGGGAAGCAGAGGAUGGGAAUCGAGAGGGAAAUGAGAAGAAGAAGACGGAAUGGAUUCAUUUCGUUGGAAUCGGAGGUUCUGGGAUAUCGGCGCUUGCGAUGCUUGCACUCAAACAAGGAUUUGAGGUUAGUGGUUCUGAUAUAAUGUGGAACAACUUUAUGGAUGAACUACAAAAAGCUGGGGCAAGAAUUUUCGUUGGUCACUCAACGUCAAAUUUAGAAAGCAAAACAGGCUCAGGUCUGCCAAAUGCACUUGUUAUUUCUAGUGCUAUUCCUUUAGAAAAUAAUGAGGUUGCCUACGCAAAGUCAGCAGGGAUUCCAAUAUAUAAAAGAGAUGGUUGGCUGAGAAGAAUCACAGAGCAUUAUAAUCUUAUUGCUGUUAGUGGAACCCAUGGAAAGAGUACAACAGCGGCAAUGCUUUCAUACGUCUUGAGUGCUAUGGGGGACAAUCUUAUUGCUGUAGUAGGAGCAAAUGUGCCACAGUUUAAAGAAGGGAAUAUAAUUCCUGGUAGCGGGCCAAACUUUGUCUUGGAGGCAGAUGAAUAUGAUUGUUGCUUUCUUGGAUUGUCUCCUUCCGUAGCUGUGGUUACUAGUGUGGAGUGGGAUCAUGUUGACAUCUUUCACGACGAGGAAGCUGUCCUGGAUACCUUUAGGAAGUUUUUACAGAAAGUCAAGAUUGGCGGUCAUCUCAUAAUAUGUGGAGAUAGUGCAGGUGCAUAUUCUUUGGUGAGCAAAUCCAUUAAGGAGCGUGUGUCAGACUGCGAGAUGGUGCUCACAUCACUUGCAUCGAAACCUGGCUACAGUAUAACAACAUACGGAAUUUCUAGUAAAAACGAUUGGCAUGCAUCAUCAGUUACACCCAAUUCACAUGGGGGUCAAGAUUAUGUAUUGGUGAGUCUUACACUUUCUGAAAUUAGGAUCACAAUGUUAAAAAAAAGCAAUGUUUAUGCUGAUGUUUAG